AUGGACUUUAUUCCUGCCUCCCUUUCCCGCCUGCCUCCUCUCACGGACCUUAUCCUCCUCAACCUUCACCUCCAGCAUAUGCCUGUCGACAUCGCUCUCCUCCCACGCCUACGCACUCUCAGGCUAGACGUUGGAAUUGCCGUGCACCUGCGUCCCUCUGAAUACCUCGCCACCACACUCAAGGUCCUCACGCUUCAAAGGGCUGGAACUUUGCAAUCUUUGCCCGAGGAAUUCGGGCAGCUGACUGCCCUGGAAACUCUGCACUUGGUUAAGCUUCAGCAGCUGAACAGCCUGCCAGCAUCGCUUGGCAACCUGACGAGCCUCAAGGAGCUGAAAAUAGACUCAUGCAGCCUGCUGGCACAGCUUCCAGACUCCCUCACUCUGCUAACUUCCCUCGAACUGCUGGAAAUCAGUCACUGUCGCAAGCUGACGGCGCUACCGCAGGGCAUGGGGGAUGGUCUGCAUAGCCUGCGUGGACUGAUUCUGCUCGCAUGCACUGCUCUCACCCACCUCCCUCCAUCCUUCUCCAAACUCUCUGCCCUCGAAACCCUGAACUUGUGUCAUGCACACAGCUUACGAGGCGCGCUACCAGGGGGGUUCUCCCACUGGACAAGCCUCAAGGACCUCUCUCUCUCCUCCCUGCCACACCUGCCCGCCCUGCUCGCCUCCCUCCCUGCCAUCGCUUGCGCUCUCACCAGCCUCGUGGUCGUCAGAUGCCCGCUAUUUGAGGCGCUGCCAGAGGAAAUCGGACGGCUGGGAUCGCUCGAAACACUCCAGCUGGUCGAUCUGCCCAAUCUGAAGUCGCUCCCUCGGUCGCUGUGGCAGCUGGAGCGGCUGAAGUCUCUGGAAUUGAGUUGCUGCAGCGCGCUGGAGUUGCUGUUUGGGGAUGCACACAUGGGCGAUGCACACACGGGAGCUGCCGGGCAAGAGCUUGGGGGGAGAAUCACUUGCCGUGAGUUACCCGGUCACACUGGUAGCAGCAGUGGCACUGGCAGCUGUGGGGGAUCUGAGGAGAGUGACAAGAGACUGUUGCUUCCCUCCCUUGGCCACCUCAAGAUUGAGAAGCUUCCCCUGCAGCAGCUCAGUCCAUCGCUGGGCUCCUUCCUGUCGCUAACCAAGCUGGAAAUCCUGCAACUGGAUCGCCUCUGCUCGCUGCCAGAUUCCAUCUCUCAUAUCACUCGCUUGCAGUUACUGGCGAUCAGCGUUGCCGAAAGCCUGCUAGCUCUGCCAGAGUCGAUAGGGCAGCUCUCAGCUCUCACAUCCCUCCAGCUUAACUGUCUCCUGAGCUUGACUGCUCUGCCCGAAUCAUUCGGGCAGCUGAAGAAGCUUCGGUCUUUGGAGAUUCACAACAGCCCGGGCCUAACCAGGCUUCCCGGGUCCUUCCCUGAUCUCUGCAGGCUGGAGUCGUGCUCUUUGUCCGAUGUCGGGAUUUCGUGCCUUCCAGAUGACUUCUGGAAGCUCUCUGCUUUGAACAAACUAACUCUACAGUCGCUGCCCGAACUCUGCAGCCUGCCCGAAACUUUUUCGCAGCUGCCCGGACUGGAGGAAUUGAGCCUGUUCCGGUGCAAGCUGCUGGCGGGGUUGCCCUCGGGCCUGCAGCAUAUGGGGAAGCUGCUGGCAUGCGUUGUCAGUGGCUGCCCGCUGCUGUCGGAAGGGAGGGUAGUGAUUAAGGGUAGAGCGAACCUGGAUGAGGGAGAGCGUGCAGUGGGUGGCUCAGAUGACGAAGAUGAGGAGGAGGAAGAGGAUGAGGAGGAGGAAGAGGAGGAGGAGCAGGAAGAGGAUGAGGAGGAGGAGGAGGAGGAGGAGGAGGAUAAGGAAGAGGAUGAGGAGGAGGAAGAGGAUGAGGGGGAGGAGGAGGAAGAGGAUGAGGAUGAGGAGGAAGUGGGGACAGCGGAGGAGGACAAGGGGAGUGAACUCGAAGCUGCUCUCUUUGUGCUUAUCCUGCCAAUGGCCUUGCUCUCCUUGCCUUUUCCGACGCCCCCCCCCCCGUUUGCCUCUCUGCCCGCCUGCCUAUCCUUCGCAGCGCUGCUCCGUGGUGCUGUGCUGUCGAGUGGCGCCCAUGCAGAAGGCUGCUGUGGUAGCACUUCUGAGGCAGCUGUCAGGGGAAUUAACCCUCGCAAUAGGCGACGAAGCCAAUGA